AUGACGAACGUCCACGGUGCCGUCGCGGACGUCCCGACCGACCUCGCGUCGCUCCUCGACGUCGGCGGGAAGCCUCACGCGGCGGACGUCGUGUCCGCGCCGUCGCUCGCGGACGCGCUCGGGACGUCGAGCGACGCGGCGCGGGGACGAACCCCCGCGUUCGAAGGGCGGUGGUUCCUGAAGCGCUCGGAGCACAUCCGCCGGUGGAUCCGCACGUGGAUCGCGCUCGACGCGAGCGGGACGAUGCUCGAAAUGAAAAACGACGCGCUCGACGUCAAGCCUCGCGCGGUCGUCCGCGUCCGCGACGUGCGGUCCGUCGCGCUGUCUUCGGUGAACUUCCACGGCGGCAAAGAGCACGACGGCGCGUGCGUCUACGUCGCGAUAUCGAUGCGCCCGAACGCGACCACCCCGGGGGCGACGCCCGAGUCCGGACUGUACCUCGUCGCGGAGACGCCCUCCGCCGCGGCGGAGUGGGUCGUCGACGCGCGACGCGUCGCGGGACUGGAGAUGACGGCGUCGCCCGCGGUGCUCGCGCCGCCGGGGAGCGGGAAGUUCGGGAGGCACGUCGCGAAAGAGGCGAUGCGCGCCGUCGCGUCGACGCGCGGGCGCGGCGAGGAGGAGCCGGCGCCGGCGACGCCGUCGCCGGAGCCGCGCGGCGCCGUCGCGAACCGCCGGGGACCGCGCGCGCCGUCGUCGUCCGUGUCGUCCGCGUCUUCGGUCGAGACCCCGGGCGCGGCGUCGGACGCGUCGUUCUCGUUCGCGGGGAGCGACAGCGGUUCCCCGACCGCGACUGUCGCGGCGGCGGCGGCGACGCCGACGCCGACGCCGACGCCGACGUCCGCGACGUCGAGUCCGGUCUUAUUCGCGCGCGACGCGGCGCCGUCCGCGGCGGCGAAGAGCGGCGGCGGGACGAUCCUCCGCCGCAUCCUGAACCCGCGCGCGCGCAAGGAGCACGCGCUCGCGUCGUCGCUGUGCGCGGUGACGGAGCGAUUACGACGCGCGGAGGCGGCGUCGCGGCGCGAGCUGCGCGAGACGUCCGCCAUGGCGACCGAGGCGUUGCGCGCGAAGGACGAGCGGUGCGUCGCGCUGACGCGCGCGCUCGAGCUGGAGACGCACGCGCGCGCGGAGUCGAGCGCGCUGCUCGACGCGCUUCAGCGCCGACUCGAGGAGAGCGCGACCGCGCUGGAGAAGCGCGAGGCGCAGCUGGCGUCGACGACGGCGGCGGCGGCGACGCUGCGCGCCAAGUACGAAAAGACCAAGGCGCGUUCUGUUAUCUGUACACUGGUCCCCGUACGACCGCGUCCGCGUGGUGAUCGCCGUUUCUUAAGGACUUUUCUUCCCGGCGGUCGUUUCUCUCCGCUCACCCCUCGCUUUCAAUCCCCGCCCUCGAAGCCUUUCAACUUCAACUGA